AUGGCUGCAGAUACAAGCUUCCCAACUGUGGACAAAUGCACGUCAAUAGGCCGAGAACAGCACACAGUUGUUGCUGAUAUGGAUGGAACCUUGCUUAGAGGCCGUAGCUCUUUCCCUUACUUUGCUCUUGUGGCCUUUGAGAUUGGUGGGGUUCUGAGGCUCCUCUUCCUGCUCUUAGCUUCUCCGCUUGCCGGAAUUCUCUAUUACUUUGUCUCCGAGUCUGCCGGGAUUCAAGUUCUCAUCUUUGCAACAUUUGCUGGCGCAAGAGUGUCGGAUAUUGAGUCUGUUGCGCGUGCUGUGCUCCCAAAGUUUUACUCGAGCGAUCUCCACCCAGUGACAUGGGGUGUCUUUUCUGCGUGUGGACAGCGGCAUGUCCUCACUGCAAAUCCAAGAAUUAUGGUGGAAGCCUUUCUGAAGGAUUUCUUGGGAGCUGACUCGGUUUUGGGCACCGAGAUAGCAAUUUAUAAGGGUAGAGCGACCGGGUUUGUUCGUAAGCCGGGGAUACUCGUAGGCAAGAACAAGGCAAAUGCACUCAAGAAGGCUUUUGGAGAAACUCAGCCUGAUUUCGGCCUUGGUGAUAGGCAUACCGAUGCUCCUUUCAUGUCCUUAUGCAAGGAAGCUUACAUUGUGCCACCCAAGCCAGAGGUGAAGGCCGUGACCAGCGACAAGCUCCCCAAGCCUAUAAUCUUCCACGACGGCCGCCUAGUCCAAAAGCCCACCCCACUCAUGGCACUGCUCACCAUUCUCUGGAUCCCCAUCGGCUUCGUCCUCGCCUGUUUGCGAAUUGCGGCAGGCUCCCUCCUCCCCAUGCCUAUAGUCUACUACGCUUUCUGGGCACUUGGCGUCCGUGUAACCAUCAAAGGCACCCCUCCUCCUGUCAGAAAGUCCACAGGAAAAUCAGGCGUCCUCUUCAUUUGCUCCCACCGAACCCUUCUCGACCCAAUCUUCCUCUCCACCGCCCUCGGCCGCCCCAUCCCUGCAGUCACCUACUCAGUCUCCCGACUCUCCGAGAUUAUCUCGCCCAUCAAAACUGUUCGGCUCAGUCGUGACCGAGUCGCUGACGCCGCCAUGAUAAAGAAACUCUUGGAAGAAGGCGACCUGGCAAUAUGCCCCGAGGGGACAACUUGCCGGGAGCCAUUCCUGCUAAGGUUCUCAGCUUUGUUUGCCGAACUAACCGACCAACUUGUGCCUGUGGCCAUGGUGAACCGGAUGAGUAUGUUUCAUGGAACCACUGCUCGAGGAUGGAAAGGGAUGGACCCGUUCUACUUCUUCAUGAAUCCUAGCCCUGCAUACGAAGUCACUUUUUUGAACAAGUUGCCGAUGGAACUAACAUGCGGUUCUGGGAAGUCCAGCCAUGAGGUAGCAAAUUACAUACAAAGGGUGAUUGCGGCAACUCUUUCCUACGAGUGCACUAGCUUCACUCGAAAAGAUAAGUACCGGGCGCUUGCUGGUAACGAUGGGACUGUGGUUGAUCCGAAACCUUUGCUUAAGGCCAACAAAGUAAUGGGAUGCUGA